AUGCCUGAAGACUACUACACGGAGGAAGACGCCCUAGGUUCACGGUCGCCCGGACUCGAAGCAAUCAUUGUCAACCCCAAACCGGAAGAAGAGCCACCGCCUAUUGUCACCCAGAUUUUCGUCAGUUCCCCUACCUCCCGAAAUCGCAAAAAAUCUAAACUUCGAAAGCAUCGGCCUACGCAAGGUGAUUGGGUGCUUAUUCGGGAGAUGGACCCAAACCGACCUGAUAUUGCACACGCAGUUGGACAGGAAGCCCUCAACUCCGGCUCUGAGACCGAGUCAUCCGACGAAGAGAUGCCAGACCCCCCGAGUGACCGGAUGGCCGUCACAACAACGAAAGAAAUGGGCGCACCCGCUAUCAAUGUUCGGUCCGAUUCGUUGGCGGAUGCGAAUGUAAACUUUGACCCUGACGCAAUGUCCGCAGAAAGACGAGAAUCGCAUGCAUCGCACGUAUCAUCGACUGGAUCAGUCUUGCAAAGCGUGACAUCCAACACAAGUACCAACGGGUCCGUGAACGGCUCAGCGCAGGCUCAUACCUCACCCCACACUUUCACAAAUGGCGAUCGACUUGCAGACUCAUCAGCAAUAUCGCCACAUCUCCGUGGUCUCAGGCUGUCUCCGUCGAGGGCACUGCCUGGUGAAAAGCUGCCAUCCAUUCAAACCCUCCAGCCGCCGCCAUCAGCAGGGUCACCGGAGUCAGCAGCCUCGCCAAACCAGAACCUACCAUCGAUCGCACAAUUUGACGACCUUGUCCGCUCUGCGACCAACGACUCGGACGCGUCCAGCAUAUUCGCGCAUCGACAAUCAAUAUCCUCUUCAGGGCAAUCGCCAUCCGCCAUCAUCCGCUCACUAUCCAUCAGCUCACACCACUCACCAGCCUCACCACUUCCGCCGUUCAACGCUUCGUCGCCAGUCAGUGCUGGGAGUGAUCGUGCGGGAGAUGUCUUCCUCCGGUCAAAAGAGCAUCUCACCCUUUUUGGGCCUGGAGGGGCAAGAAGACCAUCACAAAUAGCCGACGGAGUAUUCCCUCGUUCAGCCUCCAUCUCAGUCGAGAGUUAUAACGGCCCGGUCGGGCAUGCUGCGGAAAUGCUGCAUACGCCAAUUGAGGGCGGUCGGCAACGCGUGCUCAGCAUAGAUGGCGCGUUGACAUCGCGACUUUUGCCGCCUCCUAUUGGAUCUGGCCUUACAAACGUGCCACAAAAUAUUUCGGGCAUCUACAAAUGUGAAGAACCAGGGUGCACAGCUGCUGCUUUCCAGACACAGUAUCUUCUCAACUCGCACGCCAAUGUCCACUCCCAGACACGACCACAUUUCUGUCCAGUCAAAGGGUGCCCUCGAAGCGAGGGUGGAAAGGGCUUCAAGCGCAAAAACGAGAUGAUCAGACAUGGUCUUGUACAUCAGUCGCCGGGCUAUGUGUGUCCAUUUUGUCCCGAUCGAGAGCACAAGUACCCGAGACCUGAUAAUCUGCAAAGACACGUCCGUGUGCAUCAUGUCGAUAAGGACAAGGACGACCCGCAGUUGCGCGACGUGCUUGCACAGCGUCCAGAAGGCGGCAGUCGCGGGCGGAGAAGACGAAUCUCCGCCUGCUAA